AUGGCUAUUAUGGAAACUGCUCAAAAAACUCGAAAGCCCAAAAGUAUUAGUUUUACCUCUAUUUUGGACCAGAUCCUAAAAAAAUAUAACUUGUCUACCGAAUCCAACCCAUCUCAAUUAUGCGACUAUGCUAGUGAGCUCGGUGCUAUGCUUCCAGAUUGGAAAGCCCGCAAAAGCGUAAAAGGAGCUCUUCGUCGACGCUUAUUCAAAGAAGAUCAGAUAAAGGCUCUUGUACCGGAUAAAAGAAAUGAAAAACUUACCAUCAAGGAAAGAGCUGAGUAUUGCGCUAAAAGUGAUCGCGGAAAUAGAUUCGAUGUUGACAGGAAUGUUAGAUUAUCAGUACUGGCGCUAGUAGAAUACCUUCAAUUAUCAUAA